AUGGUCCAAUUCGACACGGGAAAGACGGAGGCAGUUCUGCUUACCCGCAAGCAUGGCCGUGUACUUAAGGGUCAGAUUCAGCGAGCCCGCAUGAAAUUAGGGGGCCAGUUGGUUCCCUUUAACCCAGAGGCCACCAGGUGGCUUGGGGUAUGGCUUGACUCUGGCCUGGACCUUAAGGCGCAUUAUCAAACCUGCAUGCGCAAGGCCCGGGCUGCGGAGGCCCGGGUGCUACGAUUAUGCCAGAGUCAUGGACUCGCCCCAGGGCUGGCUCGCCAGGUGCAGGUUGCGACAGUACAGUCAAUAGCUCUUUACGGAGCAGAGCUCUGGUGGCAGGGCCAGAGGGAUCAGCAGGAAGGUAUACAGCUGAUGAUCAAUCGGCAAGCUCGAGCUAUUACGGGCAUGCUGAAAACUAUUCCAGUUGGCCCCUUGGUCCGUGAAGCGGGGUUGAUACCAGCUAAGGUCUUAUUAGAAGCCCGGCAACUGGGAUAUACAAACCGACUGCUUAAGUUACCAGAAGACUAUCCUGCUAAGAAAAUCCUCCCGUGGGCAGAAGGCAGUAGUCGGGGACUAUGGUCAUUAGGACAACACCUAGCCCGACAACUAGCCAAUAUCCUGCCAGCAGAUCCAUCCAGUGGCUUUGAAAGUCUGUUACAACCAACCAGAAACUGCUUCCCGGGUGUUAUAAAGAUCCUGCCUAGCCAGGAAGCUCUGGGAGCCGCACAGGCUAUAUUUCCUGGACAGGUUAUCUGGUCCGAUGGUUCAAGGUCAGAAAAGGGCAGAACAGGUGCAGGGGUUGCAUGGAAAAGCCCAGAAGGGGUAUGGAAGACCCGAAUCUUCCCACUAGGAAAGGGAUACGAGGUCUUCGAUACGGAACUUCUGGGAGUAGUGCGGGCCCUACAGAUAGAAAAGAAGGUGGAAGGCCAGGGACCAGUAAAUAUCCUAUUAGACUCCCAGGCCGCCAUUGCCAGGCUGCAGCAUACUCAAACAGGCCCAGGACAGGCCCUAGCACUGCAGGCACACGUGGCUGCCCAGGAACUGCAAGCCCAGGGUCGCGAACCCACUAUACAAUGGGUCCCAGGGAAUGCAGGGGUAGAAGGAAAUGAAAGAGCUGACCAGGCAGCAAAGAUGGCCGCUAGCAGACCUCCAGGAGCUGGUCCAAGGGAGAUCUUUUUGGCCUUUGCCCGCAGAGCCCGGACAGAGACUAUUCAGGCAAAAAGACAAGAAUGGCUCACCAAGGAGCUCAACCGGCGACCCCAACAGGCCCGACGAUCCUACAGGCCACAUAGAACCUGGAAGAUUGAUCCAUCAGCUGCGGUAGCAUUCAAACACCUGUCAAGCCGCUUUUUUCAGUUGAAGUCGGGCAUGCAGCUGUUAGGGAGACUGUGCAUCACCUUCUUUUUGAAUGUCGGCAAGCGACACCAGCGGGACAAGCUCUACAAGGACCUGGAGAAAGCUGGAGUUAUGAAACCUACUGCUGCAGAGGACUGUCCAGAAGGAAGACUUCUUGGGAAGCCUAAGGCUACUGGGGAUCUACUACAAUUCCUGGCCAGUAUCAGUGUAGCUCUUCCUCGGAGGCAUCUGCAGCGGGAGGCAGAAAGAACCCAGAUAGACAAUGAAUAG